GUGUCAGAUUCCAGGAGAGACGAGAAAGAGGGAGAGAGGGGCGCUGAGGUGAGUUUGUAAACACUCUGCCCUUGUCUUGGUUCGCAAACAAGACACACACCAGGUGAAAAGGUGGAAGAAGAGCCUUAGGAGCCUGUGGGAUAUGUAGAAGAUCGACUUGCUGGCGGUGUCCGGUUUCAAAUACGAGUAACAGGCUCAGUUUGUGUUACACUGCAAGCUCUUUGUGAAGAUGGGCGACGACCGACCUUUCGUGUGCAAUGCCCCGGGCUGUGGGCAGAGGUUUACAAAUGAGGACCACCUAGCUGUACACAAGCACAAGCAUGAAAUGACACUGAAGUUUGGGCCUGCCAGGACAGACUCUGUCAUCAUUGCAGAUCAGACCCCUACACCAACCCGAUUUCUGAAGAACUGCGAGGAGGUGGGGCUGUUCAAUGAGCUAGCCAGCUCCUUUGAACAGGAGUUUCGGAAGGCCCAAGAGGAUGAUGACAAGAGAGCAAAGAAUCCUCUGCCUGCCCCUCACUCUGGUGCCCUGGACAUGAGCCUUCAGACACCUUCAGAGGUCAAAGUGAAGGAAGAAGGGCCUGUGGAGGUGGACUCUUCCCCUCCUGGAAGCCCAGACUCUAUCUCCAGCAUGUCUGACAGCUGUAAAGAAGCCAUGAUAAAGACUGGAGAAAAUGAGGCUGGAAUUAAGUAUGAGCAGAAUGCCAACGGAGCGUCUGUAGGACACUGGUGUGAUCCUCCACAGGAGACUCCACCAAAGCCAGCAGUUUGCUCGGCUCCCACUCCCACCAUUGUGCGACCUGGGUCCCUGCCACUCCACAUUGGCCAUGAUGCUCUGCACCCCACCAUGCCCUCACCCACCUCGGUCAUCACGCAGGCCCCACCUUCGAACCGCACACUGGGGUCUCCCACAGGGCAGUACCCAGUGAUGAUGCACCUCCCCAAUGGUCAGGCAGUGCCAGUGCUUCCAGGCCCCAUACAGAUGCCCUCUGUCAUUUCGCUUGCCCGGCCAGUGUGCAUGGUACCCAACAUCCCUGGGAUCCCGGGCCCAACACUGGGUGGCAGUAGCAGCGGCUCGUCUUCGCCCUCCGGGUACAACCCUCACUCUGAGGCCAAGAUGAGGCUGAAAGCUGCACUAUCCCAGCAAGCUCCUGGAGGUCAAAAUUGUGGUGGUGUGGCCAUUGGUUCAAGCCCAAUGGUGCCUCAGAGGCAAGAGCAAGGACAGCUGUUGGUGCAGCACCCUGAUGCUCCCUCUCCUGCACAGCCACAGGUGUCCCCAGCACAGCCGACUGGUGGCCGGCGACGGCGGACAGCAGAGGAUGACCCUGAUGAAAGGAGGCAGCGCUUUUUGGAAAGGAACCGGGCAGCAGCCUCCCGCUGCCGUCAGAAACGCAAACUCUGGGUGAGCUCCUUAGAGAAGAAGGCUGAGGAGCUGAGCUCCAUGAAUGUAUCACUUUCGAAUGAGGUGACCUUAUUACGAAAUGAAGUGGCCCAUCUCAAGCAACUGCUACUGGCCCACAAAGACUGCCCUGUCACCACCCUCCAGAAGAAAGCUGCCUACCUGGGAGAGGACAGCCUUAAAGACCCCUCAGAGCCCACGGGGUCCCCAGCCCCAGUGAUCCAGCACAGCUCCCUGACCCCCAGCCCAACUGGAGGGCCCAAUGGGCUGAGUGCACGUGCUGCAGCCGAGGCUGUGGCCAUGUCGGUGCUAGCAGGCAUGGGCGGCCAGCAGGGGAGCAGCGGGCCCUCCCACGUCAUCAUGGCCACACAGUCCCAGCCCGCUGCCAGAUGAUGAGUGUACAGGGCUGGCUGGAACUGGGCAAAUGCCAGUGGAGGAGUGAGCAUCCUCCUACUUCUUCUGCCUCUCCCUGGCACCACCUCCUCUUUUUCUCCACCCCCAGUGGCUGGUCUGGAGCUCAGCAUCAUUUUGAAUGAACAGGGACUAAUGAAGAGCUUCUUUCCACAAUGCCAUGGACUUCAGGGGAUGGACCCACC